AGAGAUGUCGAUCGAGGCAGAUGCGGAGUACGCGUACGGUUGGAAUCGUUAUAUCAUGACAUUUAUAGGAAUUUGGCCAGAAAACAGAAAUCUCAAUCAAGCUUCGAGUUACACAGCGAUAAUUGCCAUUCUAGCGAUGCUUUGCUUCUGCUGUGCACCACAAUCAGCCAAUUUGCCAUUCAUCUGGGGCGACUUUGACUCCGUGGUAGACAACUUAGCCAUGGGAAACAUAACGAUUUCGAUCUCGCUGUUGAAAACCAUCAUGUUCUGGUCUAACGGUGCACACCUAAAGACACUUGUAUCGUGUAUGGCGAAGGACUGGAGCGUAAUUGAGGAUAAACGGGACCGUAAGACGAUGUCGGACAUCGCGAACUUCACCAGGAAGCUGGCGAUAAGCAGCGUCGUGCUCGUUCAGUUUGUGCUCAUAGCCUACGUCGUGUUUCGAUACUUGCAGGCUCGAGAAACCGGUCACAUGAUAUUGUUCCGCGCGUACCAUCCGUACAAUGUGACCAGCAGCCCUUUUUACGAGCUGACACUUUUCGGUCAAUUCCUGGGCAUGAUAUACGCGGCGAAUAGUUACACGGUGGUGGACACCUUCGUCGCCAUCUUAGUGCUUUAUACGUGCGGCCAGCUUUCGAAUCUACGUUGCAAACUAACGAAUCUGCGCGCCGACACAACGGCGGAGUUCCAGAUGAAGCUGAGGACUGUCGUGAGGAGGCACGAAUAUCUCAACAGAUUUGCAGAAACGAUCGAAGACUGUUUCAACAUGAUGCUUCUGCUGCAAAUGAUGGGAUGCUCGUUGCAACUUUGUUUUCAGUGUUUGCAGGUGUUCAUGUCAUUAAUGGACAAAAUGGAUGAAGUAUUCUUCUCUCAAUUCUCUUUUCUUACAAUCUACCUGGUUUAUAUAAUGCUGCAAUUGUAUCUGUAUUGUUACAUUGGCGAAAAAUUAUUUGUCGAGAGUACGAAAAUAGCAUACGCGGCAUAUGACUGCAGUUGGUACAACUUGUCAGUGCAUGAAGCGAGAUCGCUAAUGAUCAUCAUGUGUCGUGCUCGAACGCCAUUGCAAAUCACUGCCGGCCGCUUUUGUUCUUUCAACCGGCAACUUUACAGCGAGGUUCUGAAAAGAUCAGUGGCUUACAUGUCGUGUAUCUGCGCGAUAAACAGCGUUGGGUGAAAAAUAUAAUCAUAAUAAUCAUGUUAUAUCUGUUAAUUGUUUAAUUAAA